UUCCGCCGGGCCCGGAAGCGCGGCGAUGGCGCGGAACGUGCUGUACCCCCUGUACCAGCUGGGCAACCCCCAGCUCCGUGUCUUCCGCACCAACUUCUUCGUCCGGCUGGUGCGGCCGGGCACGGCCCAGCCCGAGGACACUGUGCAGUUCCGGAUCCCCAUGGAGAUGACCAGGGUGGACCUCAGGAACUACCUGGAGCGCAUUUACGAUGUGCCUGUGGCCGCCGUGCGGACGAGGGUGCAGCACGGCUCCCACAGGAAGCGCGACCACAGGAACAGCCGCGUGAAGAGGCCCGACUACAAGGUGGCCUACGUGCAGCUGCUCGUGUCUCCCGCAGGCGCACGGCCGGACCUUCGCCUUCCCGGACCUGUUCCCCGGCCCGGCGGGCGGCGCGGAGGACGAGGCCGCGCGGGCCGGGCUGCUGGAGGAGCAGCGGCGGCGCGAGGGCCGCGACCCCCGGCGGGGCGGGGUCCCCUCCUGGUUCGGCCUGUGACCCGCGUCCAAUAAAGGCCCGUGCGGA